AUGACCUACUAUAAUACGGCCCUGCACAGUGUAUCUAGUAUUGACUACAAUGAAUUUAAAGAUGACCUUAAGUACAAAUAUUAUGGGUUCCAUGGUGCUAGUAGCUUGAGAGGUUCAGAAUAUAGUUAUAGCUCUAGAUCACAAGGAAUAAUCAAAAAAAUAUCAACAUUUUUCAAAGGUCCUAUUGAUAAUAAGGGAUACAACAACUCCAAGGUUUCAGGGUCUUAUGACGCGCCGGAUUAUCCAACGAGUUCACACUAUGAUCCACACAAUGCUCCACUUAAUGCUCCACUCGAUGCUCAAGAUGACACUUAUACGAAUACAUCAAAAGUUAAAGAACUUAAAGAGGUUAAAGAACUCAAAGAGGUUAAAGAACUCAAAGAGGUUAAAGAAGUUAAGGAAGCUAAAGAAGUUAAAGAAGUUACAAAAGUUACAAAAAUUAAAGGAGUUGAAGAAGUUAAAGAUUGUCCUGGAUUGACUACACCAAAAUUCUCAGAGAGCAAAAGUCAACGUUUCAGAAAUGCAAUCAAAUCAACAAGAGCUCCAGCUGUACACUCAUUUCCCUCAACACCAAAACAAUCUGAAUAUCUUUCAUUACCUUCAGUUCCUCCUGUGCAUAAUUUAACAAGCACUAAACCAAUAACUAUUUUUACAGAUGCGAAGGCAAAAAAACCUCAAGUGAUACCAGAACCAAAGGAGGAGGAGCAAAAUUUGGAAUUCAAGAAACAGAAUAAGUACACACCCGUUAUACUUCCUAUUGAAGAUUAUAAUGUCUCUGAGCCAAUUCCGCUUAUUUAUCCAAAUGUUUCCAAUAGAGAUGAGUCAACUAUAGAAGUUUCUACUACGUAUAACAGUCCAAACAAAUAUCCAGAUUUUGCAAGACGGUAUUCUGAAGAUACAGAUAGGAUUCAGACCGAUAUUGAGAAAGCAAAGGAAAUAGUUGACAAGAUGAGGGCACCAUCUUCUCUUGGAAUGAUAACUGAGCUAAAUAAUCUCAAGUUACUCACAUUGAAAGAUUCAAUUGAAGCUUCUUCAUCCAAAUCUUCUCCAUCAGUAUCAACAUCUACAGUUGUUGCUAAAAAUCAAGAAGAUGUUAACCUCAACAAGAUAAUUUCAUAUAAUAAAUCAAGAAAAGAUUUAAGCCCUGUUACACAAUCAGGAAAAAGAGUAUUACAAAUUAAAAACUUCAAUUCGUUUGUUGGAUUGAAAUCAGUCAUCACACAAAUAAGUGGUGGACCAUUGGAAAAGAUUGUGAUUCACCCAUUAGGUUCAAACAACUCAAUUACCUAUACUGAUUUGACCAGUUAUAUAAAUUUGAAGAAUUGUAUUUUAGAACUUUGGUUUAUAAAGACUGAGGAUGCUCAUCGUUUUAUGCAUUAUAGCCAAUCUGGUAUGUUCCUUGUCAAUGGUCUCCAUUAUAAAGUACAAUGGGCGGAGUCCCACGGAAGCCUGAGCUCAAAGCAAUCCAGCUAUCAUAUACCACCAUCUUCAUCAACCAUAAAAGAAAUGGAAGUUAGUGGAGCUCGUCGUUGUUUGAUUAUUAAAAACAAAUAUCAAGUUAAAAAAAGUAAAACGUCUUCAUCAAGACAUUAUCCGUCACCUAAAGUGUUCUACACCAAUAUGGAUUUUGAAGAAAUGAGACGUGAUUUCCGCAGGUUUGGAGAAAUCUUGGAGGUUACACCAGUUAUUUCAAGAAGACUUUGUAUUGCCAUUCAUUAUUUCGAUGUUGAAUCAGCCAUUAAGGCAAAAGCAGUUUUUGAUAAUCUUGAUUCAGUUCUUCGCAAGAAAUAUCCGGAAUGGACUGCAUGGUAUGGAAAAGACCCAACAGAAAAACCAUGUAUUAAUAUUUGA